UAAUCGUCUCAGGAAAGCAACGUGUCUCAAAUGAUGAUACAUGUAAACAAUAAACAGUAAAGUUUUGUUGCAGAUUAUAAUUUUUAAGUAAAAUAAAAUUAUGAUUAGGUGGUCAGUAUUGAUUUUUCUCUUACAAAUUGCUUUGGUAAUAAAAACUGAAAGAGAUGGUGCAUUAAGUAUAGUAAAAGAUGAUGUUAAGGAAGAGUUAAUUGAAGAAACUGCUGAUGAUGAUUUAGAAAAUGAAGAUGACACACCAUUUAUACCAUCUAAAAAUUGGCAGAAAAUUAAACCAGGUCAAACAAUACCGUCUGGUCUUCAUGUUCGAAUUAACUUACAAACAGGUGAAAAGGAAGCAAAACUAUUAAAUGAUAAAGAUUCUGUCAGUGGUGAAAAUAUUAAUAAUAAAUUUGCAUACUACAAAGUUAAAGAUGAGAAACUAGCUGCAGUUUUACAAAGUAAACAAUUAGAAGAAUUAAAACAUAUGUUGAAAUCCUUAAAAUCAGACUAUAAAGAGACUUCUGAAGAGGAUGCUAAAACACAAAAUGUGGAGAAAAUUCGUGCCAAGUUUCGUAAUAUAGAAGAAUUAAAAAAAGAAUUUGCUAAAGUUAAUCUUGCUAUUAAAACUGACUCAGAAAUGUUGAUGGAAUUGAUGAAAGAAUAUCCUAAAGUUAGUAAUGAAAGGAAAAUAACUAUUUUAAAAGAUGUUGAAUAUUUAGUACAUCAGUAUGAUGCAGCUCAAAUGUUUGUGAAAUUCAAAGGACUACAGUUAAUAUUACCAGAUCUUAAUUCUACUAACAGCAAAUUACGAUCAUAUGUAGCAUUUACCAUAGGAUCAGCAAUGCAAGGGAAUCCACCUGUUCAAAUUGCUGUAUAUGAGACAAAUAUAUUGCAACAGUUACUUAGAAUUCUUAUUUAUGAUGUUACUGAUGAAGUUCAGUCAAGGGUAUUAUAUGCACUUUCCUGUUUAUUAAGACAGUUUCCUCUUGCUCAGCAGCAUUUUACAGAUAGUGGUGGUUUAAUUGCACUUGCUGAACUUUUCAAACAAACUAAACUACAUUCAUCUAAACUGCAGUUAAAAGCUGUAACUCUGUUGCAUGAUCUUGUUAUUGAACAGCAACAAGCAAAACAAUAUGCUUCAAAUGACAAGCAACAAAAAGAAAAACUUCAACAAUAUAAUAACUUUAAUUUGCAAACUGGACUAAUUCAACAUGGAUUUUGUGACUUAAUUCCAAAACUUUUGUUAUCUCCUGAUUAUGAUACUCAAGAAAAAGUUUUAAAUGCAAUGGUAACAAUUGUUCAUUUAUGUAAACAUCAGUUUAAAGAACAUUUAGAAAUUCUAAAAAGUUUAUCGAAUUCUUAUCAAGAAUUAUCUCUUGAAGAAAAGAAAAGUUCAGAAGAAAGUGAUGAUUUGUACUUUUCAAGUCUCUAUGAUCUUGUGCAAAAUCUUCUUACAAAUAUUGGAAAAAAAGAUGAGCUAUAAUUCACAAUGCAAAAUUGAAGUCAAAAAUCUGUAAUUUUUUUAAAACAAAUUAUGAAUAAGUUCUAAUUCCCUUAAAUAAUGUCAAUAUUAAAAUUUAAAUAGCACAAAUGUGUUUAUUAU